UUGCCGGUGGAAUAAAAACCAAAAAAAGGCUUCAACUCUGGUACGAAUUAUUGAACGUGCGCUUCUCACUUCUCAUUGGAUACCCACCAACUAUCUCAUUGGAUACUCAACUAGUUAUCCAAAUUGUCUGUUAUCCACCUAUAUUCCCGUGUUAGUUGUUCUGUUGUUUACCCUGAUUUGAUGUGUUGAUCGUGAUCUUUAUUAGCUACAGCUAUUUCUCGACAUCCAAUUUCUCUGCAUUUCCUUUCACUGUGAUUGAUAUUUGUUCAUGAACAACGCUGGUGGAGUGGGAGUACAAAGCAGCAGCAAGUGGGAUUCGCGGCGACAAAGUUUCAUCUCACCAACCAAACUUCAAGAAAUCAGGGCUACGACGCCUACCCAUCAUUUUACUUCUAAACCGUCAUCACCACAGGAGGAGUCUGGCAGUGGUGGGAGUAGCAGUGCAGCUUCUUUCGACAAUAUUAACAAUACCAAUACCGGCGUAAACAGGAACGCUCAACAAACAAUGUUCGCUCCUUCAUCUGACCAGGCACAUCCUCGGCCUGUGAAUAAUGCUUCGAAUUCAAAUUCGUCCCAGAAUCAUUCCAGAACUUCCUCGUUCUUUUCCUUCAGGCAUAAACAACAGCCGUCGUCGACGAGCAGCGGUGUAGGCGAUGCAGGACAGAGGGUUGGACCAGUUGAUGAUGGAAAGGUGAUGGCGGCGUCUAGACCAUCGACAUCGUCUGGUCCACAACAACAACAGCCACCCGACGUCGAUGCACCAUUGCAUCCACCACCACAACCUUCAGGCGUUCCUUUACCUCCCAACACCGGCGCUUUAGCUUCUCCCGCGUUACCUAACUCUCCCUCUCAACCUCCUCCACCUCCGCCUCUCCACCCAGAAAUCCGCUCCGUCGUCGGACUCACAGUAGCCCACGCCCACAAAAUCUACUUCUCCGGCCCGCUCAUUCGUCGCGUCGAGCGCGAGCCCAAUGGUUCGAAACCGCACGGACCACCUAUCUGGGAAGAAGUAUGGGCUCAGCUCGGUGGAACCACUUUGAGCGUAUGGAAUAUGAAAGAGAUUCAGGAAGCAUCCAAGCUAGGAAAGGAGGUGCCUCCGAGUUACAUCAAUAUGACUGAUGCGUUUGUGCAAGUCCUUGGGUCUGUUACUAUUCCUGCUACAACAGCACAGCCUGCCCAACCAGCGAAACCUGCGAGCGGGUCGAAUCCUGCAGUACCAGCUAGACCAGCUGUACCGGCGCAAGCGGCACAGAGGUAUACGAAUGUGUUGACAUUGAACACAGCUGGAUCGAAUUUAAUCUUAUUCGCGUGUCCGCAUACGCAGAGUUUGAUUAGUUGGGCGGCGGCGUUGAGGUUGAGUGCGUGGGAGAAGAGUAGGCUGGAGGAGAUUUAUACAGCGCAUUUGUGUAGGAUUACCCUUAGUGGUGAGUACUAAAAUCUUGCCCUUCAGGUUUGGUUGAUUGAUCAUAUUUCUCCCUUGUUUUGUAGCUAGGGAUAUACCAACUACGCUCGUACGAGGUCGUCUCGAAGGAUGGGUGA